AUGGUGCAUCGGCUCCCAGAACAAGGACUGCACGCAGAACGUGUAGCGGACGACCAGCUCCACCAACUUGACUGCCACCGCCGCGCUCUCACCGAAAUCAGAGCCUCUUUAAUGCACGAGGAAAGGCAAGCCAACCUGAAUUUUCAACUCGACAUGCGCCGCGCUGUUGCCGAGCUACAGUCCUCGUUAAAUGUGGCACUCCAAUCCAUGGAACAGCGCGCAGCGACCGCGCCGAUCGUGGACGCACACAACGACUCCGCAAUGGAGGAGGCUCAUGAGGAGGAAGCGCCCCCUGAUGGGGAUCAAGACUCCAGCGGAAAAGCGCCUGCGCCGGAGGACAUAGCCAUGCAAGAGCAAGAAAGAGAAGCCCUCCAGCAGAACGUGGAGCGACAGAUUGAGACGGAAAUUCAACAGCUCGAGCAAUCAUGCACCGAUUUCCGUGCGAUCAUAGAGGAAUUGCGUGAUCAACCUACUUGCCCACGGAGAAGGUUUGCGCGCGGCGCUAUCCGACGCGAGGAUGAGCGUACGAUGCAAUGCGUCUUUUGCGCAGCGGUCGGUCAGCACUACUCAGACUCAUGCACCGAGAUCAGUUCAGUUUUCGUGCGCCGAAGGAUGACCGAGGUAAAAGGGAGGUGCGAAGAGUGCCUCGAAACUUGCAUGAGAGGAGAAGACUGCCCCAAACACUAUACUCGCUGUUAUUAUUGUCGCGAGUUUGGACACCACUCCGCCUUGUGUUAUUUACCAGAGCAGAGCGAACAAAGAGCUGAGAGACUAGCACGAGCACGUCAUAGUUUAUCGGAAGCCACGGAACGUAUCGGGAGAUUGCGUCGCGACCUUCGAUUCUUCCGCGACUAG